UUGCGGGGGCAGCGUGGGCGGUGCGGGCGGCGGGCGCAGCGUGCAGGCGGUGUGCGCUGCGGCGCGGCAGCUGUGCCGGCGCUGCCCGGCCGGCUCGGCCGCCGCCUACGUGCGCUGGCUGCACGCCGCGGCCGGCGCGCCCCGCGCCCCGCCCGCGCGCCCUCCGCCGCGCUGCUGCACACGCUCGCAUCCGUGCUAUGGACAUUAAAAGAGGAGAGACUACUCGACGAUUUAGAAGAACUAAUCACAGACGAACUAUUUGAACUCGUGUAUGCAUGGGUUCAGGAUAUAAAAGAACCUAGCCUCUUGAAGAAAGCACUUGAUGCCAUACUAUGCUCCAUGUGCUACAUAAGACCAGAGUUGUUCACGAAGCUAUUAGAACACAUGGGCGUGCCCACGGAUAGUGAUGAAAGCAUGGAGGGACUGACAGACGACGGCAAGGUGCGUGGCGCGGCGGCUGGAGCACGGCGGUCGGCUGGGAGCGGCGCGGGCGUAGGGGCGGGCGGCGCACGCCUAAGCGGGCGGCAGCUGCGCACACUGGCCGCCGCCGCGCUGUCGCCCGCCGCCCCCACGCUCACGCUGCUGCACUCGCCGCUGCCGCGCGACCUCGUACGCUGCCUCGCAGAAUAUAGUGAGGCUAAACUACAAUUAAUUAAGGAACAAGAGCGCACUCAAGUAGAAGACGUUCACAUGACUGAAACGGAUAAGGAAAUGGAUCAAAGUAAACCUGAGCUGCCGCCAAUGUCAUAUAUCAGCGACGUGGUGGAGUGGGCGCGGCUGAUGUGCGUGGACCGGCGGCUGAAGGACUGGCUGGGCGGGCCCGGCGCCUGCUUCUGGCAGCCGCUGUUGCGCCUGCUCUGCUACCCGCGCCCGCCAGACACUUCGUGGAAGGAAGGCGCGGAUUAUGCACAGUUGGAGGAGAACACGAUUCGACUGUUUGCUGAACUAACAGUUUGUCACACAGCCAAUCAGAAGCUCUUCGCUUCGACACUUCACAGUAUUCUCGAGUCUAUGGAAAAUACAGGCGGUGGUGGCCUAUCGGGGUUCACGCGCGCGCUGGUGUUGCGGCUGGUGCUGUCGGCGGAGCGCGUGACGGUGGCGGUGCGCUGGGCUGGCGGGCGCGGGCGGCGGCGCGGGCGCGGGAGCGGGCGCAGGCGCGGCGCCGCACCCCGCCGCGCACUGCCACGCGCUGCUCCAGCUGCCCAUGCACACCACCUGCCGCUGAUCGAGGAGGCGGCUCAUGCGAUUACGGCGGGCGCGGGGGCGGCGGGGGGCGCGGGCCGCGUGCCGCGCCGCGCCUCCGACUCGGCGCUGGCUGACGCCUGGCAGCUCAGCCUGGCCGCCGGCAGCGCCUCCAAGGACAAGCGCGUCAAGGACGUCAAGAACACCACGCUCAAGCACCACGCUGCCAAGAAGCGCCAGCCCAAGCCCGCCGCAGACGCCUCGCUAUUGUCGCUCACCGACGAGGUGAUGGAGACAGCUAUUCGCGUGCAGGUUUCGGGGCUGGAGGGCUUCGUGCCCGGCAGCGCGACGCUGGCGCAGCUGGCCGCCGCCUGCCCGCACAACUUCGGACCGCACCUCACGCUUACGUUACAUUUCAACACCAAUUCUGGUCCGAUGUGGGAGGGCGGCGGCAGUGGCAGCACGGACGACGGCGGUGGGAGCAGCAGCAGCAGCAGCGGCGGCGGCGACGCGGAGUGCGGCGUGCUGCGCUGGUUCGGCGCGUGCGGUGGGCUGGCGCUGGUGGCUGAGCGCCUGCCGCGGCCGCACGCGUCCGCCGCGCCGCUCCCCGCGCCCGUCUCGCACGCACACGACCUCGACUGGGUCAAGCUCGACGACCCCUACGAGGAGGUGAUGGAGGCGAGCGCGUCGAGUGGGGGCGCGGGAGGGGGGACGAGCGCAGGUGCCGAAGCGUGCGGUGGGGGUGUGCCGGCACACGCGCUGCUAGCGCUGGGCGCGCUGCUUCGUCUGCCGGGCUACGCGGCCGCGCUGCUGCGUGAAGGCACGCGCGCCGUGCACCUGCUACGCCUGCUGCUUGGCGUCGCGCACGACGAGGACGGACGCAGUAUACCGGUGUGCGGUGGUGGAGUUGGAGGCGAGGGUGGUGAGGGCACGUGGUCGCUGGGAACGCUGCCGUUCCGUGUGCUGGCGCGGUUGCUGGACGCGGCGCCGACAGGCGACGGCGAGGGCCGCGCGCUGCGGGCCACGCUGCUGCGCCUGGGCCUCGUGCGCCUGCUGCUGGCCUGCCUCGCCGUCUUCACGCACCAUCGCCCCGCAGUGGCGCCGUCUGAUAACAGUCAAGCGGCGAACGGAGCGUCGGGCAAGCCGGAGGAGAAGAGCCAAUUAUACUGGGCUAAAGGCACGGGCUUCGGAACCGGUUCCACGCAGCAGUCGUGGAAUGUAGAACAGGCGCUCGUGCGACAGCGCGUCGAGGAGGAGCACGUUACCGUGCUGCUGAAGGUGCUGGCCGCGUACAUGCAACCGGGCGAGCGCUGGCCGCCCGAGGAGGGUGCGCAGCCGGCGCCCGAGGCGGACGAGCGCGAGCACCAGCUGCCACCCGGCUUCGUGGACCUCGUGGCCGCCUCCUCGCUCGUGCCCGCCAUCUGCUCCUACCUGCGCAACGACUCCGUGCUGGACAUGUCGCGGCACAUCCCGCUGUACGUGUGCGUGCUGCGGUGCGCGCGUGCGCUGCACUCGCUGCGCUGCGGCCGCCUGGCACCCGCGCUGCGCCCGCUGCCGCGCCUUCUCGCCAUGAUGAGCCGCACCACCAACUCCUACGCCACCAAGCUCAGGUGUGCACCCCCUCCACACACCGCUCACACACGUGCUGCGCUGCUGUGCCUGUUCCCCAUGAUGAGCUGCACCACCAACUACUCCUACGCUACCAAGCUAAAUGGUGCGCACCACACCCACACAUCACUCACCACUCGCGCUACGGUGCGGCCGCCAAGCGCCCGCGCUGAGCGCGCUGCCGCGCCUGCUCGCCAUGAUGAGCCGCACCACCAACUCUUACGCCACCAAGCUCAGGUGUGCACCACACACUAUUCACACACGCGCUGCGCUGCUGUGCCUGUUCCCCAUGAUGAGCUGCACUACCAAGCUAACUGGUGGCACUCACACAUCACUCACUCAGGUGUGCACCACACCCACAUACCACUCACCACCCACGCUGCGCUGCGGUCGCCUGGCGCCCGCGACGCGCACUCUGCUGCGCCUGCUCGCCAUGAUGAGCCGCACCAACAACUCCUACGCCACCAAGAUAGGUGCGCACCACACCCAACACCACCACUCGCGCACCUGCGGCGCCGCCUGCUCGCCAUGAUGACCCACCACCAACUCUUACCCACCAAGCUCUCCACCACACCACAUCACUCACCACUCGCGCUACGCUGCGGCCGCCAAGCGCCCGCGCUGAGCGCGCUGCCGCGCCUGCUCGCCAUGAUGAGCCGCACCACCAACUCCUACGCCACCAAGCUCAGAAUGAGUAAGAAAAACAUUUUCGGAAAAAUGACAUAUAGCCAAAGAUUUAACACAUCGAGUAAUUCUGAGCUGUCCGAAGAAGAUGAAGGUCUUGCGGCUCUUAUUGCCGACAUACAGGCGACGGCGGCGCUGAUGUGCCGCGCCGAGGGCGAGGCGGAGGCGGCGGGCGCUCCGCGGCCGCUGGGUGGCGCCACACGCGAGGCGCGCUACAUACACCUCAUGCGCACCAUGCAGUUCGAAACAUUUGAAAUGAUAGCGGAAUGUCCGGAGAAGGGAUUCCGUUUCACGGUACCGUACCACUUCGAGGGCAUGGUCCGUGCAGCCGGUGAGCGGGCGCACCCGGCGCGCAUGAAGCGGCUGGCGCAGGAGGCUGCCACGCUGGCCACCAGCCUGCCGCUGUCCUACUCCUCGUCCGUGUUCGUGCGCACCGAUACCGACCGGCUCGAUGUCAUGAAGGUCCUAAUAACGGGUCCAUCGGACACGCCGUACGCAAACGGGUGCUUCAUCCUGGACGUGUACUUCCCGGCUGAGUACCCGGCGGUGCCGAUGCUCAUCAACCUGGAGACCACGGGCCGCCACUCGGUGCGCUUCAACCCCAACCUGUACAACGACGGCAAAGUGUGCCUCUCCGUGCUCAACACGUGGCACGGCCGCCCAGAGGAGAAGUGGAACGCGCACACCUCUAGUUUCUUGCAGGUGCUGGUGUCGAUCCAGUCCCUGAUCCUGGUGCCGGAGCCGUACUUCAACGAACCGGGCUACGAGCGCAGUCGCGGCACGCGCGUGGGCAGCAGCGCCUCUCUGGAGUACAACUCCAAUAUCUACCAGGCCUGCGUGCGCUGGGCCAUGCUGGACCACCUGCGCAACCCCGAGCCCUGCUUCAAGGAGGUGAUUCAAACCCACUUCUGGAUAAAGCGAAAUGAAAUCAUGCAAACAGUUGCGAAUUGGAUAACCGAACUAGAGGGUCAAAAUGGCGAUGAAAGGACGCAGCGCAGCAUACAGCUUAACCUAAUGGCGCUCAAGCGACACUACGUAAAACUACAGGAAGAACUGGCGAAAUUGCCGGUUCCACCGGGCUUGGAGGAUUUGGAUGAGCCGUUCCAGCUGCCAGCCGCCCCCUCCCCGCCGCCCGCACCCCCGGUCAACCCGCACAACCCGCUCAACCCACUCGACCCGCUCGACACACUCAGCCCGCCCACAAACGAAGAGAUCGACCACGACAUGGAGAAGAUAGUUUCGCAAGUGGUAGAUUGA